AUGUCCGUCCAGCCGUCGCCGUCACGCGCAACCCCGUCGCGAAAGACCCCCGGCGUCUCCUCCACGCAUCCAAACACUCCGUCCAUCCAACAGCCACAGGGACAGUCACAAUCACAGCAAGACGAAGCAAUAAUAAGCUCCUCCGAUCCAACAGUCGCGCCUCCGUUUCCUCCUCCACAAACAUUUGAUAUUCUCCCGCCCCUCCACGCCCUGCUGGCACGUCUCCUCUCAAACCAGUCAUCCAGCUUCGCUACCGGCCAGCCGGGGGAGCCGGGCCUGUCUCAAUCUACGGAGCAGACGCCCGGCGGCGGGAUCGCGUCGUUGGAUGGACUAGAUCCAAAAUCAUUGCUUACAGGAGCCAGUGCGGUGAAGAUACGCAUUCAAAAGGCGAGAAAUGCAGUUGAGGAGAUGCCUGAUAUUGAGCGGACGAUUGCCGAGCAGGAAGAGGAGAUAGUGAUGUUGGAGAAAAGGAUUGGGAGGCUUAGAGGUGUCUUGGAUGAUUUCAGAGGGAGAAGUGAGAAGCUUGCGGGCGGAUUAUGA